AUGGGGAUGGUCAUGAGAAGAGAUUGGGUAAUGGCAUGUGUGUUGAUGUUACUGAUGUCAAUCCAAGUGUUGGGAAAGUUAUCUGGUAUAGGUGGCCGUGGCAGCGGCAAAAUCCGACAUUAUAUAAAUGGAGGAGCUCAUGGUGGUGCCAACGGUGGGAUAAAAGCUCUAGGUGGUGGUAUUACAGCCGGAGAUGGAGGUGCAAGUUCUAAUAUCAAAGCCGAAGGCGGAGUUGGUGGUGGCGGAGGUGGAAAAAGUGUUAGUCCUUUUAAAGGUGAAAUAGGCAUUACGUAUGGUAUCAAUGGUUUUGUUGAAAGUAGAGUUAGAAGAGCUGCUCCAAGGCGAAUUGUAGGAAGUGGAGCUAGAAGAAUUGAUCACAAAGGAGUUGCUGAUAGUAUUGUCGUAGGAGUCGGUGAUAGUGGUGUUGGUGGAGGUGGUACUAGUUCCGAUACUUCUAGCGGUGACAUUAGUGGUGCUGGUGGUGCUGGCGGUGCUAGUGGUGCUGGUGGUGCCGGUGGUGCAAGUGGCGCAGGGGGAGCUAGUGGUGCCGGUGGUGCUAGUGGUGCUGGUGGUGCUACUGGUGCUGGUGGAGCAAGUGGUGCAGGUGGUGCCAGUGGCGCCAAUGCUGGUGGUGGUGGUACUGCUAGUGGUGGUGCUACUGGUGGUGCUAGUGGUGGUGCAAGUGGUGCUGGUGGUGCAAGUGGUGCUGGUGGGCCUAGUGGUGCGGGUGGUCCCAGUGGUGCAGGUGGUCCUAGCGGUGCAGGUGGUCCCGGUGGUGCUAGUGGUCCUGGUGGUGCCGGAGGUGCCAGUGGUGCAGGUAGUCCUGGUGGUAAAAAUGGUGCUCGUGGUGCUGGUGCUGGUGGUGCUAGUGCUGCUGGUGCUAGUGAUGUUGGUGUUGGUGGUGCUAGUGGUGGUGCAAAUGGAAACAAUGUUCUUGGAGAUGAUGUCGGUGGUGUUGGUGGAAAUGGUGGUACUAGUACCGAUGUUUCUAGUGGUAGUAUUAGUGGUGCUGGUGGUGCUGCUGGUGCUAGCGGUGCUGGUGGUGCUGGUGCUGCCAGCGGUGCCGGUGGAGCAAGUGGUGCUGGUGGUGCUAGUGGAGCCGGUGGCGCUACGGGUGCUGGUGGUGCAAGUGGUGCUGGUGGUGCUAGUGGUGCUGAUGCUGGUGGUACUGUUGGUGAUAGUGAUGAUACUAGUAGUGAUGGCGAUGCUACUGGUGCUGGUGGUACGAGUGGCGAUGGUGGUGCCGGUGGUGCUAGUAGUGUUGGUGGUGCUGAUGCCGGGGGUAGUGGUGGUGCUAGUGGUGUUGGUAGUGUUGAUGCUGGUGCUAGUGGUGGUGUUAAUGGUACUGAUGCCGGGGGUAGUGGUGGUGCAAGUGGUGCUGGUGGUGCUACUGGUGCCGGUGGUGCAAGUGGUGCUGGUGGUCCUAGUGGUGCGGGUGGUCCUAGUGGUGCUGGUGGUACUGGUGGAGCAAGUGGUUCUGGUGGCGCUGGUGGAAGUGCCGAUUCUGGUGGAGGUGGUGAUAAGAUUGUUGGUAAUGUUGUUUGA